GUUUAAGGCAACCUUGAAAGUAUAUAGGUAAGGUGAAUAGCGUUCUGAAUUCAAGCUAUGAUGGUUUUGUUGCCAUAAUUACAAGUGUAGCCCCCGGGUGUCACCAUUGAAGCUAGAACUAAGCAAGUCUUGGCGUCCUCCGGUUCCGUCAAUCAGCCUUGCAAACGCGACGCUAAACUUUCUUUUCCAAUUCGAUGGACCAGGUCCAAUCAUUUUCCAUCAUUUCUCCAGUCAUUCUACGUAAUUCUCUCUCCACCGGCCAUGUGUCCUUCCAACUACAUUUCAACCUAGCGUAUAUCCAUAAACGCAUACUUGUCAACCUGGAAGACAAAGGAUCUUACCUACCCCAUACAAUCCUACAAAACUUAGUAUUCGAACAUCCUAUUUACUAAAACACCGGGCAUCUACACCGUCAAUUAGUCCCCGACUAGAACCUCGGUAUAGCCUUUCCGACUUCAUGAAAAAAGUACACUCUCCGUCUUUCACCGCACGUUGUACUAUGCAGUAGCAUGGUUCAUUCCAUGUGGCUACCCUUGCGACAUCUCCCAACACCUACCUAUUGCGGAAUAGACAUCCAGUCUAGGACAACACACACACCUCACGUCCGACUUUACAUGCACUGCACUACAGCGUCGAGACAUAUCGGUCUUAGAUAAAAUCCGUAACCCAUAACCCAUCCGAAACCGAAAUCCACGAUGCGUCAACUAUCACUACCGACCUCCGUCCCCAUCCCCAUCCCCAUCCCCAUCCCCAUCCCCAUCCCCUCCCUUCUCAUCCUCCUCCCCCUCCUCCUCCCCCCCUCACCCGCCGCAGCAGCCAAACCCAGCAACGCGAUCCUGCUCUCAGAAGUGCGCUCCCUCACGCUCCGCGGCAACGGCGCGCAGACCGCGCACCGCCGGGUCGCCGCCGUCCCGCAGCUGAAAUGCGUGUCCGCGCCCGCGCUCUGCAACCUGCACACCAUCGACGUGAUGCGGUGCACGAACCAAGGGUCCGGGUACAGCGCCGAGGACAUCCAGUGGUCGUGCUCGGCGCCCCUUCCUCCCGAGCUCAAGCUCGGCAGCACCGACGUCGUGUGCGAGGGGUACGCCGGCCCGGACGACCCGUACGUGCUGAAGGGCAGCUGCGGCGUCGAGUACCGGCUCGUCCUCACCGAGGCCGGCGAGCAGAGGUUCCCGGACGUGGCUAAAGGGGGCGGCGGUUGGGGAUGGGGUGGAGGUGGAGAUAAGGGUCGCGGAAGCGGCGGGUCGUUUGAUCCUAGCGCCAUUGCGUUCGCGAUUAUAUUUGCCCUCGUCUGUAUCUGGAUCAUAUAUAGCGCCUGUGUCGCCGGUAACCAGGACCCAACGCGCCCCGGCGCUCAGCGUAGGCGGCGGAACAACUGGGGAGGAUUUGGCGGCGGUUUUGAUCCUGGCUUCGGACCAGGAGGGGGAGGAGGCGGUGGAGGUUGGGAUGAUCCUCCACCGCCGUAUCCGGGAGGACCUAAGUUUUCGUCAACCCAAAACCAAGGUUGGCGGCCUGGAUUCUGGACAGGCUUAGCCGGGGGUGCUGCUGCCGCUUAUGCGGCAAGCGGACGACGGAACAAUCAAGAAGAACGGAAUACGGGCUACGGUUGGGGAGCGGGUCCGUCUAGCUCACCUUCCGGCGGCUCGGGUUCCCGCUCAACGUCCAGUGCGAGAUACGAGAGUACCGGGUUCGGGUCGACGAGCCGUAGGUAAGCCGCGAAGAAGGCGUUCUUACCAUCACCUAUCACGUAGAAUGUCGAGUUGUUUCACCGCACAAAUUAUCGAUGACUGAGUAACGUCUAAAAUUGUUUGCACGUCGGGCUAUCCUGCGUUGCAACUCAUCGUGGUGUAUAUAUACACCUGAGAGGUUGACAACUGUCAACCUCUCAUACACAUGAAAUGAAGUUUGCGCGUCCUGAAUUCCUGCAAAUGCAAAGCGAAGCAUCCCCCAACUUACUCGAGAGACCUCAAACCGACUUCUCUAACCCCAGGGUUUCCGGAGGACCCUUGAGG